CUCGGACUACGGAGUACGGACUCUUUCAAUCUCCAUAUUUUUCGACGGCGGCAGCUUUUACCUAACCCCGAUACCAAGGCUGUAUGUGGUUUCCAAGUACUCAUAACGGUUGAGUCGAUAUGUGAAUAUCAAUAGAACCCAGUCACCGAGAUCGAACUCACGCCCAUCUUCUCGACCUUAUUUUUAGAGAGCAAGGAAACGCUUUCCUCGACCAUGAUUUCCUCGGCCGUCGUCGUACCGGACGAACCUCAAAGCCAACCUCAACCCGAGAACCCUACACAGACCACGUCUCUCAAACGACGACAGUCGUCCGUAUACUCGGACUCGAGCAAACGACCUCGAUUGAAUGCGCCCUCGUCCGAUGACCGGCGUGCGGCUUCCCCUGCGCCCGCGCAUUCACCAACGACCGGUCGCAAUGGCGACGGUGCGAGCGCGAUGUCUCCUCCGCGUCAAGCGGAGUCUUCGGGACGCAGAAAGUCCUCACUGAACGACGUCGAACAGGACAAGUCGCGCAACCGAAGACUCUUUGGUUCGUUGCUGGGGACACUGUCGCAAUCGUCGAGACCGUCCAAAUCGGCGGCCACGGCUGGCACGAACGCAGCAGCAUCUGCACGCAACUCGCGGCGCGAGGAGAUUGAGAACCGGCAGAGAGAGAGACUGAAGCGGGAGAAUGAAGAGUUGGCCGACACUGCUCGUAGGAAAAAGGAGGAACUGAACCGCGCGAGACGGAUCGAACAGCGUAGCUGGGACGCGGACGGUAUGAGAAUCAGACACGGAAAUCUGCGAGCUACUGCUCGGUCGUUGAAGACGACAACGAACCCUCCAUUGUACUAUAAACCGUGGGAACUGAGGGAGCACGAAGAAGAUACCGUUAAGCGCCAGAUAAACGAGGCAGAGGAGACCAUUCGGCGAGAACUGGACGAGUUUGAUUCGAAACGGCAGCAGCCACAUCCUGAACCCAGGAGGCGUCCCGAGAGCAAGCGAGAUCAGGACGUGACGAUGAAUUCUGAAGUCGACGAGGAGGAGCGGUCACGGAACAGGCCCAGUCCCGGUCCGGUAACUGGUGAUGGUGACGGUGACGGAAAUGCGCCGCCGAGCAAGCCUGAAAAGGAGGACGUUGAGAUGACUCCAAGAGUAGAAGUGCCGCCACCGAAAGAGGAGGUCAAGGAAGAGGAGCAACGGUCCACCAGCGCAAACAAAGACGACGACCAUGGUGGUGAAGAGCUGGAGAGGGGUCAAGAGGACGACGUCAUCUACUGAGAGUCCCUCACGAUUGUUUUGCGUCGUGGAAGAAACGAUACCCUUGUGUUUGUUCACAGGGUUUUGGGAACGGGUUUCGAUCAGAACCUCAAGACCCCGUGUGCCACACGUUGCCUGGACUUCCACCUCCGACUCUGUACUAAAGAAAUUUUGGAUACAUGGUUACUCAGCCAUACCUAGACAGAAGUGUCAUAAUGUCUUUCUCAUUCAAAGCCACUUGUUCCACCAAGGAUACACACAAGAAGGAGUCAUACUUGGUGACUUUACUUCCGAAAGUCGUGAGGGCUUUGUCCAACGUCGGAAUGGGAAAGUAGGGGUUCCAGGCAAUGUUGUAUAUAUUUUCUGGAAGAACGAGAUGGUGGGGGGCUCGCCCGCGAAAGCCAGCAAUGAUGUCGGACACUAAAGAUAUCACACAAGCAUGACAAGUUUGAUCAGUUG